ACAGAAAAUAUUAAUAGGCACCGUGACUUCAAAAGAUGGUGUUCCAUUGAACGAGUUAGUUCCCUAUUCAUUUGAUCAGGAAAGAAGUCGUGAGGACCUUGCAAAGAUGGUAAUUCUACAAGAGAUGCCAUUUACAACAGUUGAACAUCCAGCAUUUCAGACCUUUGUUAGGAACCUUAGACCAGAAUUUCAUAUUGUUUCAAGGACAACAUUGUCUUCUGAUUGCUUUAAAAUUUAUGAAAAGGAAAAACGAAGACUUGAAGAUUUGUUCAAGAUGAACUGUGGAAGAAUCAGCUUAACAUCGGACAUGUGGACAUCAAAUCAAACAUUGGGAUACAUGUGUCUCACUGCACAUUAUAUCACUAAUGAUUGGAAACUGAAAAAGCAUAUUAUCAAUUUUAAGUUGGUUCCUUCACCACAUACAGGCUUAGUCAUUAGUGAUGCUAUAGCUAACUGUAUUUUAUCUUGGAAUAUUGAGAAAAGGUUGGGUUCAAUCACUCUUGAUAAUUUGUCAGCAAAUACAGUUGUAGCAACAGAACUUCAAAAACAAUUUAAAAAAGAUUUACUUUUGGAUGGUAAAUUCUUUCAUGUGCGUUGCUGUGCACAUAUUCUUAAUUUGAUUGUGAAGGAUGGGUUGAAGGUAGCGGAGGGUGCUAUUCAUAGGAUCCGCGAGGCUGUUAAAUAUAUAAAAUCAUCUCAAGGAAGGUUGGAAUUAUUUAUGGGAAUUGUGAAACAAUUCAAGAUGAAUGGUAAAAAACGGAUAUGCUUAGAUGUACCUACUCGUUGGAAUUCUACAUAUCUCAUGUUAAAUGAUGCUAUACAAUUCAAGGAUGUAUUUAUGCGACUUGUGGCCCGGGAUCCUAAUUUUGAAGGUGCGCCAACUGAGGAAGAUUGGUCUCAAGGCAUCAUUAUUUGUGACUUCUUAAAGGUUUUUCAUCUUAUAACUGAAGUUUUUUCACAAACAAAAAAUCCAACUGCAAAUUUGUAUUUCUAUGAGAUUUGGAGAAUAAAUAUGCUCUUGAUUGAAGAAUCUAGGAGUUCAAAUGCAGUUGUGAUGAUGAUGGCUUUAAAGAUGCAAGAAAAAUUUGACAAGUAUUGGAAGGAAUGCUCUCACAUUCUUGCUGUAGGGGUUGUCCUUGAUCCAAGACAUAAGAUGAAUCUUAUUAGAUAUUGCUUUCAGACAAUCCAUGGUAAUGAUGAUCGUGCUUCAUUUGAGAUCAACAAAGUGCAUGAUGUUCUUCAAACUUUGUAUGAUAAUUAUGCAAUUUUAUAUGGCACAAAUGUCUUUCUUAAUCAAGUGGAUGAGAGGGUGUCUACAUCCCAUGGUGGAAGAGAUGAGAAUCGUUUUCUGCAUGGCUAUAAAGAAUUCAUCCAUGGAGUACAAGUUACCCAACCAUCUAAGUCAGAAUUAGAGACUUAUUUGGAAGAGAAGGUAUUUUACGAUCUCUAAUUUGGAUGCUUACAUUAAAAUAUUAGUCAAUAAUACUAAUAAAAAUGACAUGCCAUUUAAUUUUUUGGAGCAGAUUCAUCCAUUAGAAGAUCAAAAUUUUGACAUUCUACAGUAUUAGAAAUUCAAUGAAUCAAAAUAUCCAAUAUUGUCUAGGAUGGUACGUGAUAUCUUGGCAAUUCCCAUUUCUACCGUUGCAUCUGAGUCUGCCUUUAGCACUGCUGGCAGGGUUUUGGAUGAUUUUCGUAGUAGUCUAUCUCCAAAUACGGUUGAGGUAUUGGUGUGCACACAGGAUUGGCUUCGAGACAGCUUGCCUCAUCUUGCAGAUGAUCCACCUUCUCAUACAAAAUACAAGAUUGAAGAUUACGAAACUGUUGUUGAUAUUAAUAUCGAUGAUUAACUUAUGCUGGUAAGUAGUAGAGUUCAUCUUCAUUAUUAUGCUUACAUUUGAAUUCUCCGAUUUGCAUCAUUUCAUGUGACAUGACCACCUACUUGCAUCAUUGAUUCAUUAUAUAUGUUGCUAUCAGAUGUAGGUGCAAGCAAAGAGAAAUUUAUGAUUCCAUGUGUUCAAGUUAGAAGGAUGUAUACAUUGCAUGACAAACCUGUUUACAUAACCAGCAAAGACAGCAUAACUUCAAAGCUCCUGCACAAACAUAAAAGUGUACUCAUUGAUGCUUAAACUUUAUAAUUUUAUAGUAUAAUGAUCGUAAACUGAUGUUGCUUCUUUGCUUUAUGCAGGAUGGUGGUAAUCUAUCUUAACUAAUGGGACAAGUCAUCUUCACUGAAUUUUGAUGUUGAUGUUGAUGUUGAUGUUGAUGUUAAUUGCAUGAUGUUGAUGUUGUGAUGCAUCCUUUUGGAUUGUCAUAUGGGGUAGAAUUUUGCUGUGAUGUAGUAAAUUGUAAUGUUGUGAUCCUAAAACUGUGACCCAGGUUGUAAUGCUGUUGUUUGGAUUGUCCUUUGUCAUAUGGGGUUGAAUUUUAUUGUUGAUAUUAAUAUCGAUGAUUAACUUAUGCUGGUAAGUAGUAGAGUUCAUCUUCAUUAUUAUGCUUACAUUUGAAUUCUCCGAUUUGCAUCAUUUCAUGUGACAUGACCACCUACUUGCAUCAUUGAUUCAUUAUAUAUGUUGCUAUCAGAUGUAGGUGCAAGCAAAGAGAAAUUUAUGAUUCCAUGUGUUCAAGUUAGAAGGAUGUAUACAUUGCAUGACAAACCUGUUUACAUAACCAGCAAAGACAGCAUAACUUCAAAGCUCCUGCACAAACAUAAAAGUGAUGGUGGUAAUCUAUCUUAACUAAUGGGACAAGUCAUCUUCACUGAACAUGAUGUUGAUGUUGUGAUGCAUCCUUUUGGAUUGUCAUAUGGGGUAGAAUUUUGCUGUGAUGUAGUAAAUUGUAAUAUUGUGAUCCUAAAACUGUGACCCAGGUUGUAAUGCUGUUGUUUGGAUUGUCCUUUGUCAUAUGGGGUUGAAUUUUGCUUUGAAAAAUCCUGUGAUGCUAAUACUGUAACCAGCUUUGAUUCUUUAUGAAUACAAAUUCCAAGUUGCAACUGUUCA